UGUCUUGUCAAUAUCACAUAAUGCCCUUCGCCUGGUCAACGUGGAUCAAGCAUACCCAGCAUAAAGGAUCCAGCACUCCCAUCAUAGGAAGUCUGCUCACUCACUUCCCCUCACCAUUCUAAAUUCUUCCCUCCGUCUCUCCCGUCUUUCUGCCCUGAUCUCAAAUUACCCAACAUGGCGGAAGUCCCAGUCCCCGUCGAGAAAGCUUUCGACAUCAAUGAACUCGAGCGUGCCGAUACCACCAUCUCAGCUGACUCUGACAAGCUGAACGAUGCCAGAAUCAAUGCCUUCACUCCGGAAGAACAGAAGAAAAUCAUGUGGCGUAUUGACAGACGGCUGGUGCUCACGCUCGGUUUUCUGUACUGCGUCUCCCUGAUGGAUCGUACCAACACCGGUAUCGCCGUCGUCGCCGGGAUGGGAGUAGAUCUCGUCCUCAUCGACAAUCGAUAUUCGAUUAUGGUACUUGUGUUCUUCAUCACCUACGUGCUACUGCAGCCUCCUGCUACAGUUGUCCUUCGGAAAGUCGGCCCUCGCAGGUUCUUGCCCACCAUCACUUUACUCUGGGGCAUGACGAUGUGCGCCGCUGGCUUCGUCAAGACUUGGACAGAGUUGACCGGUCUGCGAGUGAUUCUCGGUGUUUUUGAGGCUGGUUUCUUCCCAGGCUGUGCCUAUCUUCUUAGCUGCUGGUAUCCUCGCUAUGAGCUACAGAAACGCAAUGCCGUUUUCUACCUCAUUGGAUCCAUGGCGUCCGCCUUUGCUGGUAUUCUUGCCUAUGGCUUCUCCCAGCUGAAGAACCACGGGUCUGGACCGAAAUGGUGGGGCCAGCAUUACGGUCCGACCGCAGCAGAUCCUGAUGCGCCGUCGGGCAUUCUUCCUGGCAUCGCGGGCUGGAGAUGGAUCUUCAUCCUGCAGGGCGCCGUCACCUGCGUCAUGGCCAUCUGUGCCUACGUUCUCAUUGUGGAUUUCCCCGAAAAGGCCGCGAACUCGUUUGGCCUCAAAUUCCUGAACCAGGCCGAAGUCGAUUUCGUCGUGGCCCGCAUCGAGAAGGACCGUCACGACGCAAUUCCCGAGGAAUUCCGACUCGGCAAAUACCUCAAGAAUGCCUUGGACCUGAAGGUCUGGGGUUUCGCCGCGCUCUUUGGUCUGACGACGACAAACACAUAUGCCAUUGCGUAUUUCCUUCCGAUUAUCCUUAAUGACGGCAUGGGUUUCGGUGUCGCGGCCUCACAAUGCCUCAUCGCACCCCCUUAUGUCCUGGCCGCGAUUGUCAUGUAUCUCUUUGCCUACUUGGGCGACAAGUGGCAUCUGCGAUCUCCCUUUAUCCUCGCCAACGGUUGCUUGCUCCUCAUUGGCCUCCCCCUCCUGGGCUAUCUCGACAACGUCCCAGUCCGCUACUUCGGCGUAUUCAUUGCCACGAGUGCGUGCAACGCAAAUGUGCCUUGCGUGCUCACUUGGCAAGCGAAUAACAUCCGUGGGCAGUGGAAGAGAGCCCUCUGCUCGGCCACAUUGGUCGGUGCUGGAGGUAUAGGCGGUAUCAUAGGAAGCACGGUCUUCCGCGAGCAGGACAAGCCUGAUUAUCACCCAGGCAUCCUCACCUGCAUGCUCGCAAGUGCUCUGAUCAUCAUCAUCACCCUCGCUUUGGAUCUGAAGUUCUAUCGCGCCAACCAGAGAGUUGCUGCCGGCGGUAAGGUGAUCGAGGGUCUCGCGGGAUUCCGGUACACCUACUGAACGGAAAACACGGGUUCAUGUGGGUUUACGGAGCCUAUCGGCCUGCCCUUCUGUCAUUCCAUGCAUGGAAUUCAUGUUGUCUCGGAGGAGAGAGAGACGUGGCCACCCACUCUCUAUACCGGCGGAAGAGCGGAAUGCCAAGCCUCAAGCGGAACAACCUCCGCCAAUGAGGCUGUCGAGGUCAAUGCUGUAGAACUGCCCAAGCCCCAAAUAUUCUGACCUGGAACUUGGUGACAUGGUACUUCAAUAUUACAAACAUGAAAUUACAAGUG